UUUAGCUCCUUCUUUUGUUUGUCUAGGGCUUUUAUUCCUUCUUUUCUUUUCAGUAUUUGUUUUAGUGUUGUCCGUAAUUGAUCAGUUUGCCAGUUUUCUCCAUAGUCGUAUUUGGCUUUAAAUAUCUCUUCUAAAAUAGGAGGUGGAAGUUUUGAUUCUAAUUCCAUUUGGAUGGGAAGUGUAUUUAUGUCAAAUUCCUGCUCAAUCAUUUGUAAAUAUAAUAGUUCGAAUUGGUCUACGAAUGAUCGUAGUUCCAUACAAAGAUUUUCGGGGCCAUUAUUGGAAUGUACUGUGGGUAAUUUUCGAAUUGAAUGGAGAAGGGUCUUAUUUAUUUCAUUAGAAUUUCCAUAAUUUUUUUUUAGAAGUCGGAUUACCUCAUGAUAAGAAGCAUUAGUUAAGGGAAGGGAUUUAAUUAAUAGAAGUGCGGGUCCAUCUAAACAUUCCUUGAGGUAAUUAAAUUUAAC